AUGCAUUUCCCCACCACCAUCUCCGCAGCCGCCUUCCUCGGCAUGCUCGCUACCACCACUGCCCACAUGGUGAUCCACGAACCAGUCCCCUACGGCAAAUCCACCCUCCUCAACGGCCCCCUCGCAGACGACGGCUCCGACUUCCCCUGCAAACAACGCCCGGGCGUCUACGACAUCACCUCGAUGAACACCCUCCAAGUCGGCGUCCCUAACACCCUCUCCUUCAUGGGCGGCGCCACGCAUUCAGGCGGCAGCUGCCAAGUCUCCGUCUCCCUCGACAAGGAGCCGACGAAGGAUAGUCAGUGGAAAGUCAUCCACAGUAUCAUCGGCGGCUGCCCCUCCAACGUCACGGGGAAUCUAAUCGAGGAUGCAAGUUCCCUCGCCGCAUCUGUGUUUAGUUACCAGAUCCCUAAGGGGAUGCCUAACGGACAGUACACUCUCGCCUGGACCUGGUUCAACAAAGUGGGGAACAGGGAGAUGUAUAUGAACUGCGCUCCCAUUACUGUGACCGGUGGCGCGGACAACAACGACGUUUUCAGCAAGUUGCCGGAUAUGUUCGUUAUCAACAUCCCGUCGGGCCAAUGCGCUACGGUCGAGGGCGAGGACUUCGUUUUCCCUUCUCCGGGUGACUCGGUCGAGACGCCGUUCAGCACCGCCCUGGGCAGUAAGACAGUGGGGUCGGGUUGCGCGGCUGUGACGGGCAAGGGGGCUGGAAGCGGGGUGGCGAGUGCGCCGGCGAGCGCUGCUUCUGGUGGACCAGCUUCUUAUGGCUCCGGGGCUUCUAGCGCUGCUAUGACGGCGCCAGUCCAGGCUAGCACGGCUCCUGCUUAUUCUGCCCCGGCUUCGCCUCAAUCUGUCCCGGCUGCGCAAGCGACAAGCGGUGCUGAUUCCUCGAUUGUCACGGUAACAACCAUGUCGACCGUGACCAGCGCCUCGCCAUCAUCGGCCGCUGUUUCCGCCCCAACCUCCUCCGCCCCAGCACCCGCCUACUCUGCCCCAGCUCCCGCCGCCGCUCCGGCUGCCGCACCAGAAAGUGGUAGCAGCAGCAGCAGCAACUCCACGACAUCUUCAGGCACCUGCUCAAACGGCGCAGUGGCUUGCUCCAACCCAGGCGCAGUUGUCUGCAUUGGAACGACCCAAUUCGGGCUCUGUGAUAUCAGUAAUUGUGCUGUGCCUGAGGCUUUGGCUAGUGGGACUACGUGUUCAGGUGGUGUUAUUGCCAGGAGGAGUGUGAGACAUGGCCGGAGGCAACUGGCCGGGAGGAGGAGGUUGUAG